AUGGGUAUCGUGGAGAAGUUCCUUCCUAAAGAUGACCGCUUCGCGGCAUUGCUCCUCUAUGGCAUGGUGUUUUCAACUUGCUUUAAUGGCUACGAUGCAGGAAUCAUGACUGUGAUCCUGGCUGAUAAGCAGUUUAUCGACUACUAUAGCAUUGAUGCCAAUAGAUCAGGCUUGGUCGCGACUAUACCUUGGGCCAUGACUGGAUUGGCACAGCUUUGGCUGGGUGGAUCCCUUGCUGGAUGGCUGGGGCGUCUAUGGGCAUUGCGGAUUUCCAUUUGCAUUAUGAUUAUUGGAGUAGUGGUGCAGGUCGUCCCCAACAACUUCGGCGUCCUAAUUCUAGGUCGACUUUUGACCGGACUCGGAUUUGGCUGCGUCUACAUCGCUACAAACCUCUACGUCGCCGAAUGCGCCCCCACAAAACUGCGAGGUAGUUUUGUCGGCACCGUCUCCCAGUUCGGAUACCAGUUAGGAACGCUAAUAGCAUUUUGGGCCGGUUAUGGAAUGUCCUUCCAUAAAUCACCAUACAAUAUCGCCUGGCGAGUUUCAAACCUCAUUCAGAUCCCGAUUGGUCUGGCUUUCAUCUUCGUUUCAUUCUGGUAUCCGGAAAGUCCUCGCUUCAUGCUGGAAAAGUACCCAGAUACACCUGAGCUGUGUUUAAAAGUUUUGUGUCGACUUCGGUCCGGUGCGCCUACAGAUGAACGUAUUCGUGUCGAGUUCCAUGAACUGAUCGUUUCGCGGGAUUUUCGGAAGAGAUAUGAUACGGGGUAUAUUGGGUUACUUAAGAAUAAGAGUAUGAGGAAGCGUCUUGCUUAUGGGUUUUAUGCUGCGGGUCUUCAACAGUGCGGUGGAAUUGCAGCAUUAACUAUGUACGCCACUCUCAUCUACCAAAGUCUCGGAUGGGCCUCCGGAUCACAGGCACUAUCCAUCAACGGGAUCCAGGCUGUUCUCCAACUACUCAUCGUCCUGGUCAAUACAUUUACUGUGGAACGCUUUGGAAGGAGAGGUCUUCUCCUCGCUGGAUUUACGAUUCAAUCGCUCGCCCUUUUGAUCAUGUCUUGUCUUACGACUGCAUUCCCAACGAAUGGGAAUAAAGCUGCUGCUAUUGUUGAAGUGGCAAUGCUGUUUAUUGUCGGGCUUACUUAUUGUUGGUCCAAUGGGCCUAUUGCUGCUGCUGUCGUUGCGGAGAUCUUUCCUCAGCAUGUUCGUGAUAAGGGAUUUGGUCUGUCAAUGCUUGGACAAACAUGCUGGCUUAUUAUGUUGACUCAGUCUUGGCCUUCUUUUAAUGCUAAGGUCGGGGGUCAUAGUUAUUGGCUGUUAUUUGGUCUCAAUGUUGCGGCGGGUGUAUCUGUCUACUUCAUCCUCCCAGAAACAAAGGGUGUAUCAUUGGAACGAAUGGAAAAGAUAUUUGGCGGCGUGGACUUUGUUGAAGCUGGAGAGUGCGAAGGUGGUUCUGAGAAACGUGAAGCCAGAACAGUCGCAGGCGAAGGCGAAGGCGAAAAGACCGAGGACAAAACUCCUACCGCGCACAUGGAAGAUGUGCCACAAACGCAACAGUCACUACCUAUCAGAUCCUCUGUAUAA